UCCCAAUCUCCCUACCUGCGGGGGACCUAGCCAGUGCCGAAUUCGUAUUUACUAUCUACUGAUUCCCUAGCUACAUAUGGAACUUGUCGGCGGAUCGAGACGCAGCGCCCCUUUCUUUCCUCCUCUGACUCUGUUUCAGCACGAACAGUAAAUUUAGUGACACGUUAAAUGAAAUCAAGGAUCAAUGCUCACACAGUAGCACUGCGUUAAAUACCAGUCGCUUUCACGGAAGCUUCGUCUAUUGCACUUGAUUUAAAAAUAUCGGGCAGCUAGAACAAAGUAAAAGUAGAGCUAUUAUGCGAGCUCUGUCUGUCACAUCGGAAGACAAAUUUUGCUUCAGUUAACAUUAGCUCGUUAGCUAGCUAGUUAGUGUGUGGAAAGCGAGGAUGCAGCUUGCAGACUUCAUCGCCGGCUCUGUUGGAGAUUUUCCAAAUGGGUUGACGGCUAGAGAUAACCUCGGUAUUGCGAAGACGGGGGCAUUUGGAGUGGCUGUGGGACAUCCUCUUGAUACUGUUAAGGUCAAAAUGCAGACACAGAGAAAAUUCACUGGAGUUUGGCAGUGCAUUCGCACAACCUGCAGAACAGAAGGGAUGUAUGGUUUCUACAAGGGGAUGUCCAUGCCUAUAACGACGGUCUCUGUCAGCUCUUCUGUGGUCUUCGGCACUUAUAGAAAUGCACUUCAAGUCUUCCACCAGCUGAGUUUUAAAAGUGCAGAUGCACCCAGCGCUAAGUGGCACAUCUUUCUGUCGGGCUUAGCUGGCGGAAUUGCUCAGGUUUCGGUAAUGUCCCCUGCAGACAUUGUGAAAGUCUGUCUCCAGUGUCAGACCGAGCCAUAUGAAGGAUCUGACCUCAAAGCCAGGCCUAAAUACAGGGGGCCCGUGCACUGCCUUUUCACCAUUGCACGUGAGGAGGGUGUCCUGGGUCUUUACAGGGGAGCUGGUGCUUUAGCAUUGAGGGAUGGCCCAUCUUUUGCCACCUAUUUCCUCGUCUAUAACACUGUCUGUGAAUGGCUGUCUCCAGACAACAAUAGUCAACCAGUUGGAAAAAAGCCAGAUUGGAAGGUGGUGAUGUUUGCUGGAGGAUUAUCAGGAAUGUGCGGCUGGUGCAUUGGGACCCCCAUGGAUGUGAUAAAGGCCCGCUUACAGACUGACGGCAUGGACAAGAGGCGGUACAGAGGACUUCUUCAUUGUAUAAGAGAAAGUGUGAGAAUCGAGGGACCAGGUGUUCUUUUCAAAGGCCUUGCCCUCAACUGCAUACGUGCCUUUCCAGUCAACAUGGCCGUUUUUGUAAUGUAUGAGCUGGUACUCAGUUUGAUACGAACAGAGUCAUAGGCCAUGCUUAGGCAUCUGUAUUGUAUAAAUGAUUUUACUUUAGCAUCAGGCACCCUAACACUGAUAAUGUGAAAAGACAAGUUAUGCUGCAGAACUAAAUGAACUUGAAGGGUGAAAGGCUGAAGGGUUAAGUAUUAUGUUUUUAUUAGUUAAUGAUUUGUGGUGACUACCUCACAUAGCAUAUCGUCACUGUCGCACAAAAACUUUAUGGCUCCAUUCUUGCCAUUUUUUACUUUUUUGCAUAAUGUGAAAUUUUCAGCUUUGCAUUGUGUUAGAAUUUUAGAAUGAACAGGCCAACAUAAAUGAUCUAAAAUUACUUGUUACAUUAUCUUGCAUUAUAUUAUUAUAAUUUUUCCUUCUCUUGUAAAGUUCUUGUUCCAAUAGCACCAACAUACUGUAUCUAAAGGUACAUAUUAAAAGUUUGACCUGUUUAUUUAUAUAUGAAGUAAACAAUGGGCCUCAUUCACGAAUAAUUUCCGAAGUGUUUUCUAAAGUUUGUUCUAGAGAAAGGUCCUAAGAAAAAGUCCUUAGUCCUUACCUAAGCAGAAUCCCAAAUAUGAAAACAUUGGUGAAUGUCCAAAUCUUCGUGAAAACUGCGCAAGUAGGUGUUAAGAAAUUUUAUCUUAAGAUGGAUUGGUGAAUGAGGCCCAAUGUGUUAUUUACAUUCAGUUUGAUAAUUUUCUGUUUGGAGAACGUACAGUAUGCAGAGUUUGAGCAUCAUUUACUUGAUUUUACCAUUCACAUAAGACUUGCUGUCAGAAAUUUCAUUGGUAACAGGCAGAUUUUAGAACAAGGUCAGUGUAGACCAGAGGGUGCCAAAUCCUGGAGAUCUACCACCCUGCAGAGCCUGAUGUUGCACCUUUAAUAUUGUGGUUAAUAAAACAAAUUAUGAGUAAUUUGCUUACAUGUUUUUUUUUUCCAUAUUGUAUAUUGUAUGAUCGUUCUUCCCGUUCUGGCAUGUC